UAAAGAGAAAUUCUUUGUAGAUAUCAAAGAACUUUCCCAAGCCAAGGAACCAUAUGAAUUGUAUGGGUUCACGUAUUUGUGUGGGCGUCAAAUCGAUUCGACCAAAGAAAUGCUCGAAAAAGAAUGGUACGGAGAGAUACAUCAGAUAUUAUUGCGAGCUAGUAGGCGUGGUCUUUUGCCCGAUGUAAGACGAAUGAAAUUGUUGCAACGCUUCUACAAUUGUGUUGCUGCCUUAAUGACUCAACAGCUAGAGGAUAUAUGUAUACGCAGCUUGACAACUUAUGCUGAUUUUAUCUGCGAUUUUGGAAAAUCCAACCCUGGUCUUAAGAUAAGUCUUAUCCUUGAAGAUGAAGAUAGCAUCGCAUUCAAUCCGAACUUUUCGAAGGUACAACAAGAACUUUUACGCAUUAUCGAGUCCAUCGUUAUUUCUGUCGAUCAGAUGCCUCGAAUCGAGAACAAACUAUAUACGGAGCUAAAAAUCUCAGAUCAAUACUUUCUAAAGCCUACAAUACCUGAAUCGAUCAUUGCUAAUGGUCGAAAUCGCAUUUGUAGUAUGCUGGAGGAACAACGCAUUGGCCCCGAAUUACGUUUGCAAGAUUUUGAUCUAUAUAUAGACUUGAUGAACGGUAUAGAUGCUGAACGCAUUUCGAAAUUCGCUGCAUCUGAACCAACGUUUGAACAAUACUGUGACAUGGUCUUACAGUAUCGCAGAAAAGAGGAGCAGAUCAUACAAGAUAUUUGGGGUGAAUUACGUAUGGGUCUAUAUGAGUUUCAUCGUGAAAAAUUUAUAAACAACUUGGAGCAGUUCGCUCGCUACAUGCAACAAGACCUGCUAGAGAAAAUGGUUGCUGAUCAGCAGUCGCAAAUCUCAAAAUUAGGCAAAGAGUAUGAAGCUAUCGCCAAGAAGGCAAUUACAGUGCCACAGACAACAGCUGAGCUGAUGGCACUCAAAGAAUUCGUUAUCAAUGCGGAGGAGACAGUUAUACCGGAAAUGGAACAGCGCCUGAAAGUGAAUAUGAACCAUAUUUUAUGGCUGAUGGACAAUAUAAUUUAUUCGCCGUUGGAUAUAAAAAACAAUAGCAACACCUUCCAGUGGUACCUGAAAAUGCCUUCUGUAUUCGAAGAACAUCGGCUGAUUGUUUCUGACAAGACCAUUGAGUAUCAAGAACGCCUUAAGAAGCGCAUCGAGGCUUUUCGACGUGAGUUACAAAAUUACUAUGAACAGGUGCAGGACUAUGAGAAUUGGGGUGAUAUCAAGCAUCUGGCACGUUAUAAGCGUAGAGCAAAUGUCUUGGAUUCUCGUUUGGUCGCGGCUAUGGAUACAAUUGAUCGUAUUAAUGAAGAGGAAACUGCUUAUGGUUGGGAUCUCACCCAAUAUCCCAUACGUAAGAAGACGCACGACCAGCUUAAACCAUUCAAAACCUUGUUCGACACCAGCCAAGAGUUUAUGGAGAAACAGGACGCGUGGAUGCACUCACAAGUUGGCACAUAUGAUCCAGAUGAAAUUGAAUCUGAUUUGGCGAAUUUCUAUCGCGUUAUACAAAAGUUAGAAAAGCAAAUGAGUGAUAAACCAGCAACAGGGCAGUUAAUCAAAGAUGUUAAAGAUCAAAUUGAAGAGCUCCGACAACAUAUGCCUAUAAUCAGUACAUUGGGAAAUCCCGGCAUGAAAGCGCGUCACUGGGAGCAAGUAUCGGAAAUUAUUGGGUUCCCCAUUAAGGUGUCGCCAGAAUUAACUCUUGAAAAGAUUAUCGAGUACGGUUUGGAAGAAUAUGUGCCCAAGUUUGAAGCGAUCUCCGAAAGUGCAACUAAAGAGAACAAUUUAGAGCGUGCGAUGACGAAAAUGGUAGCCGAGUGGGAAGAUAUGGCAUUCACUGUAACACCAUAUAGAGAUUCAGGUACCUUUAAGCUCUCUGCAGUGGAUGAUAUACAGAUUCUAUUGGACGACCAGAUCAUCAAAACACAAACUAUGAAGAGUUCGCCAUACAUCAAACCAUUUGAGGAGGAUAUACUGAAAUGGGAGGCAAAACUAAUGCUCCUGCAGGAUAUUUUGGACGAGUGGCUGCGCGUACAGGCAACAUGGAUGUAUUUAGAGCCAAUUUUUUCAAGUCCCGACAUUCAACAGCAAAUGCCAGAAGAGGGGCGAAGAUUUGCGGCUGUGGAUAAGAUAUGGAAAGAACUCAUGAAGCAAGCAAGUGCAGAUCCACGCGUUAUGGUUGUUGUAGAGAUUGACAAAAUGAACGAAAAGCUGAAGAAAGCGUAUGCAUUGUUGGAAAUUAUUCAGAAGGGGCUAAACGCUUACUUGGAGAAGAAACGCCUGUACUUCCCACGUUUCUUCUUCCUCUCCAACGAUGAACUACUUGAGAUACUCUCCGAAACUAAAGAUCCUACUCGUGUGCAACCCCAUUUGAAGAAAUGCUUCGAAGGCAUAGCCACACUGAACUUCACCGAAGAGCUGGAGGUCACUGCAAUGCGUUCGUCGGAGCGCGAAGAAGUAAUACUAGUCGAUGUAAUUUCUACGGCAAAAGCGCGUGGCCAGGUGGAGAAGUGGCUGUUGGAAUUGGAGAUUAAUAUGAAGAAAAGCAUACAUUUAAAAAUAAGUGAGUCAUUUUCUAGUUAUCGGAAGAUGAUUCGAGAAACAUGGGUGCUCUCGUGGCCCGGCCAGUGUGUGCAAUCAAUAUCCCUUACGUAUUGGACGCUGGAGAUUACCGAAUGCUUUUUCUCCGAUGCGCCUGUGCAGAACUUGAAAAAGUAUUUGGCACUAUGUAAAUUACAGAUAGCUCAAAUCGUUGAUCUAGUGCGCGGUCAUCUAAAUGCUCAAAAUCGCAUUACGCUAGGGGCUUUGGUAGUGCUGGAUGUGCACGCGCGUGAUGUACUGGCAGAAAUGGUGGAGAACGAAGUGUCUGAUGCAAAUGAUUUCCAGUGGUUAUCGCAACUGCGUUACUACUGGGAAGAUAACAACUUGGAUACGCGCAUGAUUAACAGCUCUCUCAAAUAUGGUUAUGAAUAUUUGGGCAACACCACACGUUUGGUGGUCACACCUCUCACUGAUCGCUGUUAUCGUACACUCUUUAGUGCGUUGAAUUUGCAUUUGGGUGGCGCACCUGAAGGUCCUGCUGGUACCGGCAAGACAGAGACCACCAAAGAUUUGGCCAAAGCUGUCGCUAAGCAAUGUGUAGUCUUCAAUUGUUCUGACGGUUUGGAUUAUAUUGCCUUGGGUAAGUUCUUCAAAGGCUUGGCUUCAUGUGGCGCAUGGUCAUGCUUCGAUGAAUUCAAUCGCAUUGACUUGGAAGUGCUCUCAGUGGUAGCUCAACAAAUUUUGACUAUACAACGUGGUAUAAACUCUGGCAGUCCUACGUUGGUGUUUGAGGGCACUACGCUGACGUUGGAUCCCACAUGUGCAGUAUUUAUUACAAUGAAUCCCGGUUAUGCGGGUCGUUCUGAGUUGCCGGAUAAUUUGAAGGCACUCUUCCGUUCUGUUGCUAUGAUGGUACCUGAUUAUGCGCUUAUCUCCGAGAUUGAAUUGUAUUCGUAUGGCUUCCUUACCGCCAAACCACUGAGCGUCAAAAUAGUGGCUACUUAUCGCUUAUGCUCGGAACAAUUGAGUACACAAUAUCAUUACGAUUACGGCAUGCGGGCUGUGAAAUCCGUGCUGAAAGCAGCGGGCGCCCUCAAACUGCGUUAUCGUGAUGAAAAUGAAGACAUAUUAGUGCUGCGCUCAAUUAAGGAUGUAAAUUUGCCCAAAUUUCUAAAUCAAGAUGUCCCACUCUUUCAAGGCAUCACAUCGGACCUGUUUCCUGGCACAGUAUUGCCCGAAGCGGAUUAUGCCGUCUUUAACGAAUGUACCCGAGAGGCUUGCGAAAAGAAUAAUAAGCAGUGUACAGACUUCUUUUUGGAAAAGGUUCAGCAGUUGUAUGAAAUGAUUUGCGUCCGGCAUGGACUGAUGAUUGUAGGUUUGCCUUUUGGCGGUAAAACCACAACCUAUCGCAUUUUGGCAGAGGCUUUGGAAGGCAUAGAGAAGCGGGACGGUAGCGAGAAGCGUGCCAUCUACUCUGUGAUCAAUCCAAAAGCAAUCACAAUGGGACAGCUUUAUGGCCAAUUCGAUGCUGUGUCGCACGAAUGGAGCGAUGGCGUACUUGCGGUAAAUUAUCGUCAAUUUGCAACCUCUGACACGCCUGAUCGCAAGUGGCUGAUCUUCGAUGGUCCGGUUGAUGCUAUCUGGAUCGAGAACAUGAAUACUGUACUGGAUGACAACAAGAAACUUUGCCUAAUGUCCGGUGAAAUUAUCCAGCUCUCACCAACCACAAACUUGAUUUUUGAACCAAUGGAUUUAGAGGUUGCAUCGCCAGCUACAGUUUCGCGCUGCGGCAUGAUAUACAUGGAACCCAGCUCUUUGGGUUGGGAGCCGCUUGUCACAUCGUGGAAGAACAGUCUGCCGCCCUCCUUCCAUGCCGUCAGCAAACAAUUGAUCAGUACGCUGGUGGCUCGAUUUUGUCCUAUACUGUUGUAUAUUGUACGCAAGGGGGGUUUAUACGAAAUAGCACCGACCUCCGAUACCAAUCUUGUUAUUUCGAUGAUGAACCUUUUGGAGUGUUUCAUCGAUGAUUUCAAAGACGAAAAAUAUGUUGCGAACCUGUCUGAUUUAGAUUUUCGUGCACAGAUAGAAGGCAUAUUUGUGUUUUCCUGCAUUUGGUCACUUGGCGGUGCACUGGAUUCGCGGAGUCGUGAAAAAUUCAAUAUAGUCUUCCGGGCGCUAAUGGAGAAGAACUUUCCAGAAAAUUUGUAUAAAGAUUUCGGUGUACCAGAAGAGCUAUAUGUAUCUUCUCUAAAUAAGCCAUUUAUUUUCCCUAUUCCAAAGGCGGGUUCGGUAUUCGACUACCGAUUCAUUAAAGAAGGGAAAGGGAAGUGGAAGCCAUGGCAGGACGACGUUACUAGCGCACCACCAAUACCACGCGACAUACCAGUCAAUCAAAUACUUAUUGUGACCAAUGAAAGUGUACGUGUUACUGCGGUUCUAGAUUUAUUGGUACGUCAUGGCAAACCGAUAAUGUUGGUAGGACCUACUGGUACCGGUAAAAGCUGUUACGCCUUGGAUUAUAUGCUGAGGCGCAUGGAAGUCAAUACAUACAAGCCGUUAUUAAUCAGCUUCUCAGCGCAAACUUCGGCAAAUCAAACACAGGAUAUAAUCAUGUCGAAACUGGAUAAACGCCGCAAAGGCGUUUUUGGACCACCAUUAAAUAAGAAAUUCCUCAUAUUUGUGGACGAUGUAUCAAUGCCACUGAAGGAAAACUAUGGCGCACAACCACCCAUUGAGUUGUUGCGCAUGUUGUUGGAUCACUGGAUGUGGUAUGAUCGCAAGAACAUAGUGCCAAUGAAGUUGAUUGACCUGCAAAUGGUAACAGCAAUGGGCCCGCCUUCUACGGGCAAUACGGUAACACCGAGAUUUCAGCGACACUUUAAUGUAAUUGCUAUCGAUGAAUUUAAUAAUGUGAUUUUGGUUACGAUCUUCAGUAAGAUCGUACUCUGGCAUUUGGAUACACGUGGUUUUUCGAAAGAGUUUGAUCCAUGCAUCGAUGAAAUUGUUUCUGCUACUUUAAACAUCUACAACGAGGCAAAGAUGAACCUGCUGCCCACCCCAGCUAAGUCACAUUAUCUUUUUAACUUGCGGGACUUUUCGCGUGUCAUACAAGGAGUGUUGUUGUCGGUGCCUGAAGCUACCGAAGACCUGGACUCCAUGCGUCGUCUGUGGGUACACGAAGUGAUGCGCGUGUAUGGUGAUCGUUUGGUGGAGGAUGCUGAUCGCAGUUGGCUUUUCGAUGCAAUUUGCCACAAAAUAAAUCAGCAUAUGAAUGGUAUACCCGAGAGCUUAUUCGAGCGACUCGUGCCGAAGGACGAAAAACUCACUGAGUCCGAUCUACGACGUUUAAUCUACUGCGAUUUUGCAAAUCCGAAGGCGGAUAAUAAGAACUAUAUUGAGGUUUUAGAUCUUGAAAAUUUGCGCAAUGUAGUGGAAGCGUACUUGGUUGAAUAUAAUAAUAUGUCGAAGAAACCUAUGAACCUAGUACUCUUCCGCUUUGCCAUCGAACAUUUGUCGAGAAUAUGUCGCAUAAUAAAGCAGCCACGUAGUCAUGCUCUACUUAUCGGAGUCGGAGGCUCCGGACGUCAGAGCUUAACUCGUUUGGCUUCGCAUAUAUGUGACUAUGAGCUCUUUCAAGUCGAAAUUACACGACUCUACGGACCUAAUGAGUGGCACGAAGAUCUAAAGUUUAUUCUACGGAAAGUGGGUGCAUCUGAGAUGCAUGCUGUAUUCCUGUUUACCGAUGUGCAGAUAAAAGACGAAUCCUUUUUGGAGGAUGUUAAUAAUUUACUUAAUUCCGGUGAAGUGCCUAACUUAUUCAGUAACGAGGAUAAGGUCGAAGUAGUGGAGAAGAUGGCGCAAAUCGAUAAGCAGCGAGACAAAUCGCUGCAGACCGACGGAAGUCCGGUGGCACUUUUCAAUUUCUUCGUCACGACCUGCCGUGAUCAACUGCACAUCGUACUGGCCAUGUCACCAAUUGGUGAUGCACUACGCAUGCGCAUACGAAAGUUUCCUUCCAUCGUGAAUUGUUGUACGAUCGAUUGGUUCCAGCCAUGGCCGGAGGAUGCUUUAUUAGCUGUGUCGACGCGUUUCUUAGCCAGUGAAGACCUUUCGGAUUUGGAGCGCAAGACAGCCAUUGAUAUGUGCAUGGAGUUCCAUACAUCAACGCAGAAUUUAUCAGAAAUAUUUGCCCUGCGUUUAAAACGUUACAACUAUGUGACUCCUACUUCCUAUCUGGAAUUAAUUCAAACGUUUAAAGCCUUGUUAAAUCAGAAAAGAACAAAAAUUAUGACCAAUAAAAAUCGUUAUCUGACUGGUAUAUCCCAGCUCGAUAUAGCGGCGCAACAAGUUGGCGUGAUGCAAGAAGAGCUGCAGGCGUUGGAACCGAAACUAAAGCAAGCAUCAGAAAUUGUGGCUACACAAGUUGCAAAAGUAACUGCCGAUAGCAAGAUCGCCGAGGAACAGCGUGAAUUGGUUAAGCAGGACGAACAAGUAGCCACCGAACAAGCAGCCAAGGCACAGGCGAUCAAAGAUGAAUGCGAUGCCAAACUGAGCGAAGCGCUGCCAAUUCUAAAUGCAGCUCUUGCUGCUCUUAACACCUUGACUACAGCCGAUAUUGCUGUUGUCAAGACAAUGAAGAGCCCACCGAUUGGCGUGCGAAUCGUCAUGGAAGCUGUUUGCAUAUUGAAGGAAGUGAAACCGGAUAAGAUACCAAACCCUUCAGGGGUAGGCACAAUUGAAGACUACUGGGGAGCUUCAAAACGUGUGCUGAGUGAUAUAAAAUUCCUCGAUAGCUUAAUUAAUUUCGACAAAGACAACAUACCCCCACAUGUAAUGCAGAAAUUAGCGCAACGUGUGCUAAGCAACGAAGCUUUCGAUCCCGAUAAGGUGAAGUCGGCAUCAACGGCGUGUGAAGGUUUGUGCCGCUGGGUCAUUGCUUUGACUAAAUACGAUGUGGUGGCAAAAGUGGUGGCCCCUAAGAAAAUAGCACUGGCGGCAGCCGAAGCAGAGUAUAACGCAGCAAUGAAGUUACUAAAUGAGAAGCUGGGGCAAUUAGCUCGUGUCGAAGCUAAUCUAGCGGCUAUUCAGAAGAAACUUGACGAAGAAUUGGCUCAAUAUGCGUAAGUUUCAUAGUUAAAAAACUUACAAAAAUUUCAACCGAGUAUUUCUUUAAAAUUUUACGCAUUUAGUAUAC